UGGAAACCUUGUUUCUUCACUUAUAUCUUCAUAUCAGGGCCCCUCUGUACUGUUUCGAGACCACUCCAUAUCGGCCAAGGCCCAGCAGCCGCGAUCACAUCCAGGACUGCGCCAAACUUCACCAACACAAGUCUUCAUGGGCAUUCAGCAUCUAGUCCGAUCUCUCGUCCUGCUCUUCGCGACCCUACGUACGACCGUUCGGCGCGAGGAGUCUACUCUUCUCCUACCGGCAUCUUGUCAUCAACUCAGCCAACGGACCCAAGACGUCACCUUCGACACAUAUCUUCCCCUACCCCCACUAUGGCGCACUCAAUCAUCCCCGAACCGAGUCUCAGCUACGAUAUCAGGCCACGCCCUCCAUCACAGCCCCGGACAGCGGAUGAUUCCUUCCAGCGCAACAAUGCUCCAGCUUUCUCUAGCCCUCUACGCCCAUCUCCUAACUUUCAUCGCAAAGAACAAUUUUCCACAUGCUCCCCUCUUCCCGCCGAAGGUCCUCAUGGCAGCACGAAGCGAGACGCUUGCGAAGCCUUUCCCUCCUCGCCUGACUCUGAAUGGUGUACACUUCCUGCAAAGAAGAAAGGCAAGUCUGAGGCAAAAGCUGUCAGACAGGAUGCGUCGGUCAGCAAGUUUCGAUUGCCUCUCGCGUUUCCCCAAAAGCCGGUCCAGAUCGCCUCGGGAGCCAAACCAAAGAAGACGCUGUAUAUGCCGCCGCCGCCACAGUUAGCCGAGACAACGUCGGAGCCGAACAAUACGCGCACGACGCCCGUCCAUAAACGUUGGAAGUUAACGCGGAUCUCGCUGCAGGAUGCUCUCGAAGGACUCGGGCGUGAUUUCGGGGUGGACAAGGUCGUGGAUGCGAAAGCCGGUGAGAGUGUCGCUUUCUCUUGGAGCCGGACAAGACUUGCAAUCACAUGCUGUCUAUUGCCCUGUUAAUUAAUCGCUACCUGUUGGCAUCUCGGACAGAUGUUGAAAUGCCCAGUUGCCUCUCUCCCCCACGAAACGACGCUUCGUCCCCGCCACAUCCUUUGAUCCGUUAUGAAGAUCAAGCCCACGACCUGGAGUCAGGGGCGUGGUCGAUCGCACGCAACUCAAAGCUUGCUUCAUCUCAUAUUCCGCCUCGCUCCGGUCCUCAGUCCUCCGCGCCAGGCGGGACGAAUCUCGCGGCUAGG